AUGACAUCUAAAGGACGCCGCGGAUCAAAGGAAGCUGUGAAUGAUGACACAACACAACCAAUUACAUGUGGAUUUGUUGAGGAUAAUUGCCGUAAAUGGGCUCAAAAGAAUUUGUACGAAAAAAUUAAUGAGCGAUCUAUGCCAUUUCGGGAAAUAGUGCGCGAAUUUAAAACACAUAAGGAUUGGAAACCUUUGCAAUUUUCCAGUGUGUGUUGGAAAAAAAACUCGGAAAAGAAUAGAUACAGCGAUCAAAUGUGUAUUGAUGCCACCCGUGUAAUCCUCAAAAACCGCGAUCCCGACAACGACUAUAUAAACGCAUCUUGGAUGACAAUGCCUGAUGGUCGUCGGUGGAUCUCAACCCAAGGGCCAAUUAAAAAUACCGUUGAGGAUUUCUGGCAUAUGAUCUAUACUGAAAAAGUGAAAGUUAUCGUAAUGCUUUGCCAAUUUCAAGAGGAUAAGGUCGAAAAAUCUCGAGAGUAUUUUAAUCUCGAAGGCAAAAAAAUCGAGCAAUAUGGGCCGUAUAAAAUUCGCGUAAAAACGAAGUCUACUGAAGUAUUGCCGACAAUAAAGAUGACAAUUUUAGAGUGCGAGAAAGACAAACAGACAACAACCGUACACCACUUUUGGCAUACUUCAUGGGUAGAUCAUUUUUGUCCAACUGAAGCUCAAACUACUAUUGGAAUGUUUAAAAUGGUGCUAGAAAAAGCAGACAAGGAACCUGUUGUAGUACACUGCUCAGCGGGAGUUGGCAGGACGGCAACAUUUAUUGGUAUCGACUACGCGUCACAGAAGAUUUCAGCAGAUGCGGACACGAAAAUGGUUGAAGUAUUGUUCGCAUUAAGGAGAAUGAGAUUCCGUGCCAUCCAAUCACAACUUCAAUACGCCUUUCUAUUCCAAUGUCUCGCUGAGCUGUUUAUGCAGGAAGGCUGCUUGAAGAAGGACGAAAAUUUUGAAAAACUUAAGCACAAUUUUGAAGCGAUAGUGAAGAAAUUAAUAAAAGCACAAAAGGCCGCCAAAGAUAAGUAUUACGCAAAGAAGGCAGCCGAUCAGAAGGCAGGAUUGGUUAGUCGUGAAGAUCCAGCAACAAGUGGAGCAUAA